AUGUCUUCCGCCGCUUACAACCGUCUCCGCCGCAUCUUCAACACAACAGCCGCCGCCACCACGACCACCGCUGCCGUUAACGCCGCCGCCACAAACACCACCACGAGAACAAUAAAAGAAAAGUCAAAAAAACCCAAUAAAAACACCACUUCGCGACCCAAGACUCAAAAACUGGCAUUUGAACCCUUACCCAUGUCACAACUAACAGAUUCAUUAACAAACCUCAAAAUGUUCAUCGACAAAUUCAAAAAAGCUUCAAACACAGGUCCUUUUCGUUACAGUUACAAGUACUACGAAGACGUUGUCAACCAUCUUGCACACGCUAGACAGCACUACUACAUCGAACAAAUCCUCGAACACCAAAAAAGAUACAAAACGGACAUGACCCACGAGCCAUUUGUUGCUAGAUUAAUCUCUUUGUAUGGGAAAUCUAGAAUGUAUGAUCAUGCACGCAAGUUGUUCGACGAAAUGCCUCAGUUAAACUGCCUGCGUACUGUUUUAUCCGCCAACGCCCUUCUUACAGCCUGUGUUAAUUCCAAAAGGUUUAACGAGAUUCCGGAGUUGUUUCGGGAGAUUCGUGAGGAUUUGGGGAUCGAACCGGAUGAUGUGUCGUACAAUGUUGUGAUCAAGGCUUUUUGUGAUAUGGACGAUACUGAUUCGGCGUUGAAAGUGAUCGAUGAGAUGGAGAAAAAGGGGUGCGAAUGCAAUUUGUAUACUUACAAUACGGUUCUUGACGCGCUAUAUAGGAAUGGAAACAUAUUGGAAGCGGAUAAACAAUGGGAGGUGAUGAAAAGCAAGAAUCUUGAACCAGAUAUCAGAAGUUAUAACGCGAAGGUGCGAGGAUUGGUUGUGGAUAAACGGAUAACGGAAGCUGUUGGAUUACUUGAUGAGAUGAAGAGUAAUGGGGUGAACCUGGAUGUGUAUACUUACAAUGGUGUGAUCAAUGGGUUUGUUAAGGAGGAUGAUUUGGUGGAGGUUAAGAAAUGGUAUGCAGAAAUGGUGGAAAACAAGAUUGUUCCUGAUUCGGUGACGUAUAGGAUAAUCAUCGCGUUUGCGUGUAAAAAGGGUGAUUAUAAAUAUGGGUUUGAUAUGAGCAAGGAGGGUUUGCUGCAGGAGGAUAAUGUUGGUAGAUUAAAUUUGCAGAGAGUGUUGGAUGGGUUAGUGAAGGAGUCUGCCAUUGAUGAAGCUAAGGAGCUUGUGAAACUUGUUGAUGAAAGUAAAUUCAUAUAUUAUAAACUUAAGUUGGCAGCUGAUUUGUAA